GUCAGUGUUUGAACUGUCAAAUGUAAUGCAGGUAGAAUGCGGAUAUUGGGGCUAGGGUCGAAGAAUGUUUGCGGGUUAUUUCAACUCGAUACUGCUGAAGUGGUGUCGCGUUACGAUUAUAUCACCCGCGAACAAUUAUAAAUUUGUCAUCAUGCCGACGAUACAAAUUCAAUUUUCUUAUUUUAAAUGCAGAAAUUUAAUCACAUAAAGAAAUCAACUAAAUGUUGAGAUGUAACUCAGCUACAAGUAUGUUACUUCGCCUGAGGUUUGCGAGUGUGUUGCUGUCCCUGCUGGCGUGCUGGUGUGCGCUGGUGGUGUACCUGGAGUGGUCCCCGCCCGCGUCGCUGCUGCGGCACUACCGCAGCCCCGCGGGUCCCGCCGGGAGGCACGCCGCCUCCUCGCGGGGCGACGUCGGGCCGCCCUCUACGUCGCCUGCGACCAGCGUCCUGACCACGGACCCCGGGACGAAGGGCGUGCCAGGCAUGCACGUGAUGGCUGUGGGGGACUCCAGCAGCCUGGGGGGGCUGAUGGUGGCAGUGAACAGCGUGCUGCUCCACACGGCGCGGCCCGUCACCUUCCACCUGCUCACCACGGCCGAGGAGCGCACGCAUCUCAGGACGUGGAUAGAGUCCACCAAGCUGCACACCAUGACCUACACCAUCCUGCCGGCGGUGGGCAAGACGCGGCUGCGACUGGCCAAGACGCUGCUUCCCGAGCUGCUGCCCCGCGCGCUGCGCGGUCCCGUGCUGUACCUCGACCCCGACACGGUGGUGCAAGGGGACCUGUGGGAGCUGGUGUCCGCGCCGCUGGGGGCAACCCAGGUGGGGGCCUUCUCCCAGGACUGCACGGGGCGAGCGCGCGGCUGGACGGGGCCCUGGGACGCUCGGCUGGAGGGCGCGGGGCUGGACCCCACGGCCUGCCCCCUCGCCACUGGGGCCUUCGUCGCGCAGCUGGACAGGUGGAGGGCCCAGAACAUAACGCAGCGGCUGCACCUGUGGCUGGACGCGCUCGCCAGGGAGCCGAUGGUGGGGCCCCACUCGGCGCUGGACCAGGUCGACGUGGCCAUGUCGCUCGUGCUGCACGGCAGGGUGUCGAGCCUGCCGCCGCUGUGGCACGUCCAGCACCUGGGGACCAGCGGCAAGCGGCACUCGAAGCAGUUCGUGGAGCGCGCGCGGCUGCUGCGCUGGAGCGGCCGGCUCAAGCCGUGGAUGGCGCGGGCGCACCACGCCGAGGUGUGGGAGCGCUACCUGGUGCCCGACCCCACGGGCCAGUUCCGGCCCGGCAGGAAGCGGGGCUGAGGCAGAUAUCCUCCACACUUCUGCUCCUGCGUCACUCUCACCACGCUGAUUACCUACUCUGCAUUUCGAAAAUAUUUAUUUUAAAGUUUUAUUUAUUUGAAAGGAUACCUGUUUGGUAAUUUUCAAUUUCUAUAGUGUAUUGUAGUGGACUUGAGUGUCCACAGGGUGAUUUUUAUGCCUGCCGGGGGGCAUUUUAUCGAUCCGCACCAAAUAUACUGCUACAGUAAGUUUCGAAUUUGUUAUGAAUCUUUAUUAUAUGAUAUUUAGUGUCUUAUGAUCGUAAUCAACAUUGUAGCUAAUUCCUUAUUAAAUGACUCACUCAAUUGACACGCUCGAGCAGUGCUGCGCUUGUUUGCUCUUCGCAUCGUGUUCCUUGCCGGGUUGGCAGAAAUAAAGUUUUUCACUCUU